AUGAUCGUCCGGGAGAGCCCCAAGGGCAAAGUUAAGGAAAACCAACCAAACUGGCCGCCGCAGUCGUCCGUUGAGGCCCUUCUCAGCUCACCGUCCGCACGCAAAAAGUACGAGAGGCGCCGAGAACGCAAUUCUAUUUCGCCCUCACCGUCGAAGCGCCACCCCAUGUCCCGAGGCAACGCACAACUCGAUAGUGAUGGAGAUGAGGAUGAAGAGACGCUUCAGCUCAAGUUGCAAGCCAUCGAGGCAAAGUUGAAGCUCAAGGCACUACAGAGAAAACGGACGACAUCGAGCGAUGCAGAUCGCGAUGGGGCUUCCUCGCGCGCAAGCACAACCAUGGGUAUGGGUAUGCGCAGGCUGGACAUAUCGCGAACAGAGCCCAUACAAGAGAGCGACAUUCAAGUUCCGCAUUCACCGGUCCGGACACGACGACAGCUGGAUGAGCCAAAGAGUCCUGCGCGGGUCAUGCUGGGCAUCGACAAGGGUCUGACGGCUCGCGACAUUAGUCUGAAGCGACCGGGGAGCGUCCUGGGCCGGGCAGGAAGAUCAAAUUCGACAAGAAGCAUGGAACCCCCAAAGAUCAAGUCAUUCAGCGAGCGCAUUGCAGAGAGCAGAAAUAAGGAAAAAGUGCGAGAAGAGAAGGAGGAAAAGGCGGAGCAGCGGAGGAGCAGAGGUUUCGGUUUGCAGAGCAUAGAAGGAUUGAGGGAACGACCAUCACUAUCACGCACAAGCUCAUCCCAAAGUACCGACACUAGGAGUUCCCGCGAUAUGCCGCCGCCAGCGCCUAGGAAUCUCAACCGAAUGGCAAAUCGCGCGUCAGUCGACUUGACCUUGAGGAAUCCACCAUCUUCUGCACCACGACCCGGCUCCACGUCUUUCCCGCCCCCACGGCCCAUUUCCAUGUCAUUUCCACCACCACAGUCACCCCGACCCGGUUCCACUUUGUCAUUUCGUUCAGAAAGUACACGUCCAUCUUCAAAGUCUUCUUCCAAUGGGUUCGGCGCUUCAACGGCUUCAAAAUAUGCGGAGAUUUCCUCACGAGACGACAGUGCCGAUGCACCUAGUUUUGAAUCCUUCUCUGGUCUACACCUCAAGUCCCGGGAGAUGCAACAUAACGUAGUAACGCGCACGCUGGAAGGCAAGACAGUGCUGACAAUACCACAAUUACUGAAGACUGUCAAGGCGCCUGCGUAUGAUCCUCCGGAUUUGGAGAAUGACUAUGUUGUGCUUGGUGUUAUUUGCUCCAAGUCAACACCCUACGAUUCCAAGAAUGCAGCCAAGGACCAGAGCAAAGAUAGCCGAGAGAGGGAUGCAGAUCCAAACGGCAAGUUCAUGGUCCUGAAACUGACGGAUUUGAAAUGGGAGCUUGAUCUAUUCCUGUUUGAUACUGGGUUUUCUCAAUUUUGGAAGCUUCCCGUUGGUACACUCGUCGCCAUCCUUAAUCCGGACAUCAUGCCGCCACGGAAUCGAGAUACUGGCAAGUUCAGUCUCAAGCUCUCUAGCUCGGACGACACCAUUCUUGAACUUGGCACAGCACGAGACUUGGAGUUUUGCCAUGCGCAACGGAAAGAUGGCAAGGAGUGCACCCAGUGGAUCGAUGGUCGUAAGACUGAGUACUGCGAGUUUCACAUCCAAUUACAAGUCGAGAAAGCCAAGAAGGGUCGCAUGCAGGUCAACACCAUGACUGGCUUCGGUGGAGGCCCAGGUGGCGGUAAGUUUGGCAUGUUCAGUGGCCGGAGUAGCGGACCCAAGGGAGACGAGCUCAAGAGGGAAGGUAAAUACCAUGAUCGAGAACUCCAUGAAACGGUCUACAUUGCACCGCGUCCUGGUGGUGCAGCCAAGCUGAUUGAUCGCGACCAUCAGAGCUGGGAAGGCGGUGCGAACCGCGAAGACCGGUUCCGGAAACAACUUGCCGAAAAGGAGAAGGAGAGAGAACUUGCUAAGAAGCUUGGAACAAUGGGAGAUGGCAGUACCGGAGGCGACUAUAUGAAGAUCAAAGCUGCCGGUACGCAAAACCUACCUGCUCGAGGCUAUACCUCUUCUCAAGGAUCGGGAGCAGCAAAGCCAGACAAGCCAGACGGUAGCGACUUUGCUAGCCUUCUCAACAGAACCUCCGCAGACGUAUCCCUGGCACCCGUCAAGCGCAAGCGGACCGUAUCCGGUAAAUCGACAAAUGCAAGCGACCCCGUCGGCUGGGGUUUCAAGUACGGCCGCAUACCGUCGCCCAAGAAGGUCAUACAAUCAGCGUUUCGCGGUACACGCGGCGAAACCAGCCCAGCAAAGAAGCGCGCCCGCCUCUUCCUGGACGGCAAAGGUAUCCGCGAGCCCGGCCGAGAAAGCCUCGGUGGCCUCGACGCAGGUCUCAUUGCAGCUAUGGACGAUGAUGAUGACGACUUGGAGGUCGUCUGA